AUGCAUCAAACAGGCAUUAAGAGAGGAAAUUUCAGUCGUGAGGAGGAUGAUCUUAUAAUCCGACUUCAUUCACUCCUUGGUGGUCGAUGGUCUCUAAUUGCUGGAAGAUUGCAAGGUAGAACUGAUAACGAGAUAAAGAAUCAUUGGAAUACCAAUCUCUUGAAGAAACUCAAAGCUGCAGGAAUACAACCAAAACCUAAAAAGUUAACUGCAAAAGGAACAAAACCAUCUAAAAAGAAACAAGAGAAACGAAGACGGGCAGGAAAGGCAAAAAAGCCCGAGAGAGAGAUGGAAAAAGAUGAACUAGUUAAGAAGAUCCAAGUGCAUAUUCCAAAACCAAUAAGGCUAUAUUCACUUUCUUCAAGCCAAAGUAGUUUUCAAGAUAAAGCAGAGCAUAAUAUUAUUACCAUGUUGAGUUCUGAGGAAGUUGACAAUAAAAAUAAGGAAGAAGAAAAAAUACAAGAGCCAUCUAUUUCAAGUUCGUUGUCAUCGUCCGUGCAGGUUGAAGAAAAAGAGACUGAAAUUUAUGAGAAGAUUCAGUUGUUUGAUGAAUUGCUGAAUGGAUGUGAUUUUUCAACUGAAUGCUUAGAGCCAACGAGCUGCUGUUACAUGCUAAAGGAGGUUUACAAAGAGUAUUUUCAGCUUCUUAAUUUCUGA